AGGAACACUUUUUUCGUGGCGAGGAGUAUAAAUGCCAAGUAGCCACUCCGGCGGUGUGGCACGCGAUUUGGUCAAAGGAUAUGCCCAAGUGUCCUGCACAUUUGGCUUUUGCCGUGCAGGCCUUGCAGAGUCUCCCUCUAGGUCAUCCCUCUUUUCAAUGGCCACCUCUUCGUUUUCCCGAUAACGUCGUUCCGUCGACCGCUGCCGCCUCGCAAGUGGCGCCAUCUCCAUGUGCACCACUUGCUCCCCUCCCCCCUCGUCCGCUUCGUCAGACGAUUCCCGCAUCCGUUGAUGGCAGACCAUUUGUGGCAACGCAGCCUGAUGCGCAAGGCACCGUGCCAGUUUCAGGUGUCGGGGAACCUGUGCCGUUCGACGAGCAAGGCACUCGUGCUUUCGUCGAGGGCGGUGGGUGGGGGAAGGACGCUGGCACAUCAUCAGGCGUCGCCCCGUUGUUCACUGGCAACAGGGAUAAGGGUCUAUUUGGGCAGCCAUCUGCGGCAAGUUCUUCCCAGGAGCCAUCCAUUGGGAAGGUUAUCCUGGAGUCAGAGGAAGCGAAGGCAAAGAGGGAGGCAGAAAAGGAGGUCUUUGAGUUCAAAGCGCCUACAGAGCUUGCCACUCAGCUUCCAGCUUCUUCAGAGCCCAUAACAGAGUCUCUGCCAGUUCAGGCCAGAGACAGACCAGGGUCAGUUGCUAGUGAGUCUGCGCUUGGGUCAGACGAGGGAUCUAUGGAUGUGCUUCUAGAGGCGCUCGGCACUAUGCAGGAGGGAGUGAGCACGCCUAUGCCCGAGCAGGGGAUGAAAAUGUCUUGCGAGGGGGACAUAACGGUUGCGAUGAAGGGUGUGUAUGAGGACAGGCCACAAAGAUUGGACACACCUGAGUACAGACUAAAAGGAGCUGGGAUGCAGGUAGAGCCGAGUACUCAGACAAUGGAGGCAAGACUUGAGGAGCCCAUGAACAUGCCUCAGUGUCAGGAGGUGGUCAGGGAAGUUAGCGAUGCACCCUCAUCGCCAGGAUCUCAUAAGAAGAAGAAGAGAGGUCGAAGAUCGGGUGACUUAUUCUGCUUCUUUUGCAAGAAUGGGGAGCAUCGGGCCGUGCAGUGUCCAAAGUUUUUGAAGGACAAGGCGACAGGAAAGGUCACUGGGAGUGGUGGGCUGAUAUUCGAUAGACAGCGUAGAGUGGUGGAGCGGACAACUGAUAGAGGUAGAGCGCAACUAUAUAGGCAAAACCAGGAGGAGAUGAGUGAGUAGGGGCUGGUUCGCCUAUAUGUUGUGGUCAUUGCUGUAGAUGAGUUGAGUCGAGAGUGUACAUGUUAAAGUUAGGGACUUGC